UUUAACUCCAUCUGGGUUAAUAAGUCAUUCAUCAUAUAGCAUGAAUCUCCAGCAACACUGCAUCACUCCAGCUGAAGGUUCUAUCGAUCACAUUGAAGUUAUAGAAAAUAUUAAAUAUAGUAUUGAAGAGAGCAACGAUUCCAGCGAAGGUAUAGUUGAUGGCCUGAAUGACUUCUCGAUUACGCAAUAUUUUGAAAAAAUUCGCGUUGAUACACUACUCAGUGAUGACGAGUGCUCUGACAUUGGUUUUAUUGAAAGCAGCAGUAGCGAAACCGGUGAUGCAGUUAGUAAAAAUCAAAAAGAUCAAAAGAAGAAAAGUCAGACAUGGAUCGUUCGCAAACGGCUCAAGGAAUGCGGUAAACCAUAUAAAAGGUCUGAUGGAACGGUUGUAUCCGCACGUUGCAUUAAAGCGAAUUGUAAUUGUUUUCGUUUGAAAUGUUUUGAACAGUAUACUGAUAAAAUAAGAACUAGUAUUCUGAAACAAUUCCUGAAAUUGAGAACAUCUGGACAGAACCAGUUUAUAUCCAAUCAUGUUUUAGUGAAACCGGUUCACGGAAGUCGGGUAAUUUAUUUCUUUACAAUAAGUGAUUUAAUGUCAAUAAAUUUACAACUUCUGCAGGUCUUAAAUUCACGAAGAACUUUUACAAGAAUUUAUCACUUACCGGCCUUGAAUGGAAGGCGACGUGUUUGUAAAAAAAUGUUUCAAAACACGUUGGAUAUUAAAGAUAAAAAAGUACGCUGGCUUUCUGAAAAAACGAUAGCCAAUGGUGGCAUGUGCCCGGAUGAUGAGCGUACGCAGAGCAGAAAUCCAUGUGUAUUGAGUGACAGUCAGAUAAAAUUCAUAAAAGAUCACAUCUCAUCAUUUCCCUCUUGUGAUUCGCAUUAUUCCCGCGAGAAAUCAUCAAAAGUUUUCUUGAGCAGCGAUUUGUCAGUCGCUAAAAUGUUUGAUUUAUUUAAAGAGUUGUGUUUGAUGAAAAAUUUACCUAUUGUGUCGUAUAGUACCUACCACAAAAUUUUCAAACAGAUGAAUUUGUCAUUUCGUAAGCCUCGCGUGGAUACUUGUAAUUAUUGUGAUGAACUACAGAUACGUCGUCGUUUAGCCGUUGAUCCCAUUGACAGAGAAUCCAUAGAAUCAGAUCUUGAGACCCACCAAAAAAGAGGAGAAGCUAUUUUCGAGAAGAAAAGAUUCGAUAUCAAAGAAUCUCGAGAGUCGUGUGAUAUUUGCACUUUUUCGUUUGAUUUACAGAAAGCUCUCGCUACACCACACUUGUCAUGUGGCCAGGUGUACUAUUUAAGGCAAAUGUAUACCUACAAUUUAACUAUAUUUGCGUCUUGUGGGAACAUCAACAAAUCAUAUUGCUACUUGUGGGAUGAAGGGAAGGCCAGGCGUGGAGCAAAUGAGAUAGGAUCUUGUUUGUUAAAGUUUAUUCAUGCGUUACCACAAAAUAUUAAAAUUGUGAACUGUUACUCAGAUCGGUGUUUUGGACAAAAUCAUAAUAUUGUUAUUUGUAGUACAUUCAUGGCAUUGAUUGACCAGUUUCGAAAACAGGGAAGAGAUCUGAAAAUUACACAUAACUUUAUGCAAAGUGGACAUUCUCAUAUGGAGGUAGAUUCGGUUCACAGCUGUAUUGAACGAGCCAAAAAAAAAUCAAAUGUACAAAUAGAAGUUCCACGUGACUGGGCAAUAUUCAUUAGUAGUAUUAGGCGCAAGCAACCUCUGGUGGUUUAUACCAUGGAACAGAAAGAUUUUUUAAAUCUGAAACAACUUGAUAAAUAUUAUAAAAAACCCACUAUGGAUUGUGAUAACAAAAAAAUAAGCUUUCAAAAAAUCAUGUGCUUUCAAUAUUGCACGUUUAAUGAAAAUCUAUUGUACAAGUAUGAUAUUAGAGAUCAAAGCUGGUCUCAAAUGUCCUUAUACAAAUCUAAUUCGGGAUUUGUUAUACUUCCUGGUCCAAUAACCUUAGAACCGUUGCCACUACCAGAAGCUAAACUAGAAGAUUUAAGAAAAAUGAUGAAAUUUGUAUCUAAUAAAAAAUACUAUGAAACGUUUUUGAAAGAGCUCACUCCGAAAAAACGAGGACGAAGACAAAUUUUAAGAACUCUCGAUCACUUUGAGGCGGAUUUGGAUGUUUUUCACGAAGAAGAGUUAGAAGAUCUUAAUGCAUUGUAA